AUGUCGGACGCAACCGAGCCCACUUCCGCGACCCAGACGGCCUCGUCCGAACCGAGACUCGCUGAGCAUGAGACCAAUCUAGUCAAGAACCCGUUGGGAGAUCCCUCAACGGAGGCUCCUGCAAGUGAUGCCAAAUCACCUUCCUACACCGAAACCGCAGCCAAUGUUGCCAGCAGUGCAGCCAGCACCGCCACCGCGGCCGCAUCAGGUGUCAAGGAUUCUGUCUUCUCCAUGUUCGGUGGUGGCGCCAAAAAGGAGAGGAAAGCCGAGGAAGAUGACGAUGCGAAGGAUGAGCCCAGUGGCAGUUCGAAAGCAAAGAAGGAGGAAGAUGAUGAUAAACCCGAUGAGGAAGAGGUCGAUGUCGAGUUUGAGCCUGUCGUCCGCCUCACUGAGAAGAUCGAAACAAAGACCAACGAAGAGAUGGAGGAACAAAUGUUCAAGAUGCGAGCCAAGCUCUUCAAGUUCGAUCGAGAAUCGAGAGAGUGGAAGGAACGAGGCACGGGGGAUGUCCGACUCCUUAAGCAUAAGGAAAACGGCAAGUCGAGAUUGGUCAUGCGACGUGACAAGACUCUCAAGGUCUGCGCAAACCACUAUGUCACACCUGAGAUGAAACUCUCCCCCAACGUUGGCAGCGAUCGCAGUUGGGUGUGGAACGUCGCAGCAGAUGUCAGCGAAGGCGAGCCCGAGGCCCAGACACUGGCAAUACGGUUCGGAAACAGCGAGAAUGCCAAUCUCUUCAAGGAAGCAUUUAUCAAGGCGCAGCAGGAGAACGAGACACUAUUCGAGAAAUGA